UGUGACCCGCCAAUAUGCUCAUUGCUCGUCUCUUGCAAGCGAGUCUGUAGCUGCAGUCUGGACUGUCAGGAAUCGAGUCCAAGCGUGGCUGGACUGGCCGCUUAAGCGCAUUGGUUUUGACUGUGGUAUAGCGAAAUGAAGCCCUAGUUGACCAUUUCUGGAAAUUCGGAACGGCAACCGAAGACCCUCGCUCCGCGUUCCCGCCCCCAUGGGCACGAUUGCUAGGGCUCCUGCAUGAGAGCUAUGCACACCCCCGCUUGCAGCUUGGAGGCUCUAGACCUGGUACGUACAAUGCGUUUCUGCAUAUAUGAAUGUAGGUGGAAUGGUCGCGGGGUCAUAUUCACAGAAGCGAAGGAAUUAUUUUCCAUUCUAUGCCAUUGAACUAUUCUGAAUCAAUUUAUUGGCUACCAAGAUGUCAGAGACAUACGACUACAUCAUCUGUGGAGGUGGAACUUGCGGGCCUGUUGUGGCUGGAAGAUUGUCCGAGCAAUCAAAUCUUAAGAUUCUGAUCCUUGAGGCAGGGUCAGACAAUAAGGAUUUGGACAAUGUGCACAUGCCUGGAGCUUGGACGAAGAACCAUUAUGGACCAACAGACUGGAAUAUUGUGUCGCCACCUCAGCCUGGACUCGAGAAUAGGGAAUGCCGGCUGCCUCGCGGCAGAUUUCUUGGAGGUAGCAGUGGUUCCAAUGGAACCAUCUGCGUGCGUGGUGUGAAGCAAGACUACGACGACUGGGGCUUUCCAGAAUGGAGUGGAGACGAAAUGUUCAGGGCCAUGAAGAAGGCUGAGACAUUCCACCCAAAGAAGUGGUUCCCACACGAUGAAGACGCCCACGGUUACGAUGGACCACUACACAUUGAGCCCGCCCUCCCACCAAUUCCGAUCGCUGAUGCCUUGUUCGAGUCUUUCAAAGACAAGGGACUUCCAUAUAUUCCUGAUAUGUUCUCUUCUGGUGUUGCAUCCCAUGGCUGUGGCCACGCAAUGAGGACUACAUAUCAAGGCUGGCGAACGACAGCCGCAGACUACAUCACGAAGGACAAGGUGCGACCGAAUGUAACAAUCAAGUGCAAUGCAACCGUCGACAAAGUCAUCUUGGAGCCAGGCUCCGACGGCGAGCUGGUUGCGAAAGCUGUCGAAUAUGUCGAUGACAACGGCAACAAGGUAAAGGUGGCAGCAGGCAAAGAAGUCAUCGUCUGCGGUGGUACAUACUGUAGCCCAGCCAUCCUCAUGCGAUCUGGCCUCGGUCCAAAGCAAACUCUCCAAGACCUCAACAUUCCCGUCCUGAAGGACAUUCCUGCCGUCGGCCAGAACCUCCAAGACCACCAAUUGAUCUUCACCUACUACGAAGUGGACGGACCUGAUCUCACCGACGACGCACGAGUAAACCACGACCCGGAAGCAUACGAGAACGGACACAAGGAGUGGCUGAAAGACAAGACCGGCUGGCCCGCCACUUUCCCCUUCGGCGCCUUCGGCUUCACCCGCCUCAGCGAACGUCUCGAUAAAGAGAACCCCGAAUGGGCCGCCCUCCCCCGCGAAGAAGGUCGCGACCCAAUGGGCCUCACCAAAACCCAACCUAACCUCGAAUUCUUCAAUACAAUCUGCUACGGUGGCCCACCAGAAUACACCGACAAACCCAAAGAAGGCCAAUACGCAAUGGCAAUGUGCUGUUUCCUCUGCGGUCAACAAUCUCGCGGCGAAGUCAAGAUCAAAACCACAGAUCCUUUCGAGCCACCAUAUGUCGACCCACGCUACCUCUCCGAUAAGCGUGACCUGAUCAUGAUGUCUGAGGGUGUACGAUGGGCCAACGAAGUCGUCAUGGAGGGUGCAGGUACCAAGAAAGUCGUCAAAGGUUCUUGGCCACCGGGCACGAAUCAUCACAAGAACAAAACGAACGAGGACUGGCAACCACAUGUGCAAAAGUACGCUUCGACUUCAUAUCACCCUGUCGGAACGUGCAAGAUUGGCAAGAGGGAGGACCCCACUGCCGUCGUGGAUAAGCAUCUGAUUGUGUACGGGACCAAGAACCUGCGCGUUGUGGACUGCAGUAUUAUGCCGUACGUGCACAGCGGUCACACACAGAUGCCAGCAUUCGGUAUUGCGGAGAAGGCUGCUGAGUAUAUCCUGCAGGCCGCUGGGUCGCAGGCGACUGGCGUGAAUGCGUAGUUCAUGAUGAUUUUACUUUUACCAUCUAGCUGUACAUAAGUUUCAUGAUAAUUUCUCAAAUCUCACAUAACGAUUCAUGACGAAAGGUCGCU